AUGUAUCUCAACGGCGUCCACUUCAUUGGAGCUCUGCUGUCGCUGUGCAGCAUUGCCAUACCCAUCCGUGCGGAGUUCCCUCUGCUCUUUCCGGCAUCCUCGGUUUACCAGAUCACUUCCUCGCUGUCCGUGCCCGUGGUCAUUCCGGAUCGCAAACUCUUCUGGGAUUGGGGUCUUCAGAUGAACUACGCCCUGCCGGCUCAACCCUCCUCCUUCUACGCAGCCACCAUUUGGCCAGAUGAGUUCUCUCGACGGGGAAAGCGUCACCUGUGGAAUGAGACCACUAAGUAUCUUCCAGAGGGUGCCUCCACAAUGCAUCCGAGUGACUUUACGGCCGGAGAGCUGUACGAGAGUCUGGAGAACAUGCUCGUCCAGUAUGGCUUUGAUGAGUCCUGUCUGCUGCGCAGUGUUUGUGAAUUGGCGCGACAUCCUUUCAAGGAUAUGGAGAACAAUAUGCUCACCGCCCUGCUGACUUUCACACUUACACCCUCUUUGCAUGAGGCCUUUGCACCUGGCGAAAACAUUUAUCGGGAAGUUUACGAACAUGCGGAGCAACAAGGAUUUCUUGGCAAGGAUUGUGGCCAUCUGUAUUCCAACUGCCCCGUGGACUUUCUCGGUGGCAUCAGCAGCCUGUUGAGCUAG